AUGGACCAGAAGAGAUACGCUACCUUGAACCAAGUCAAGUACGGCAAGCAGGGCCAGCCAAGAAAACCAUACAGCUCCAAAGCCCCAGAUUUGGAGAACGCACCCUUCAGAAAGGGAGUGGUGUUGAGAGUGAUGAUUCUCAAGCCUAAGAAGCCUAACUCGGCUUUGAGAAAGUGUUGUCGUGUUAGACUCACCAACGGUAACGUCAUUUCCGCCUUGAUUCCAGGCGAGGGCCACAACUUGCAAGAGCAUCACCUUGUGUUGGUCAGAGGUGGAAGAGUGCAAGAUAUUCCUGGUGUCAAGUACCAUUUGGUGAGAGGAGUUUACGAUUUAGCGGGCGUAGCGAACAGAGCUACUUCUAGAUCCAAGUACGGUGUCAAGAAGCCUAAAGCCUAA